GCAACUUCUGGUUUCCUGCAUACAGCAUUGUCUUUUUCCUUUAAUUUCUCUUAAUUUUGCUUCAUAGUACCUUUUAUGUACCUCAGUCUCGUCUUCGGUUGUAAACAGUUUUCAGAAUGACACCAUUACAGUUCAAAGAUGUUUUUUGGGGCCUAGAAUUCACCAGUAACAUUGGCUAUGAGACUGUUAUCAUGAGGCUAUGUGAUGGGCGACGAACUUGCAAAGACAUGGAGGAGCUUUUAAAAAUGAGGGCAAUAGCAGAGGAAAGGUAUGGCAAGGAAUUGAUUACUAUAGCACGCAAGACAGGAGGCCUAAGUGAAAUUGGUAGCACUUUGAAGGCAUCAUUUGAACAACUAAAAUCUCAAAUGGAGAACAUUGGAAAUGUGCACAUUCAUCUCUCUGGAAUGUUACGAGAAGAGGCAAAACGUAUGGAGCAAUUCAGAGAGAGGCAGAAGGAGCAGCAGAAAAAGUUUGAGAUCGUCAUGGAAAAAGUUCAGAAGAUCAAGGUGUCGUUAUAUAAGAAAACCAUGGAGUCUAAAAGGACAUAUGAACAGAGGUGUAGAGAGGCUGAUCAAGCUGAGCUAGCAGCCGAGAAGAUCAACAACACACCCACUGUUACCCCCAAACAAUCAGAAAAGACACAAAAUAAAGCAAAACAGUAUAGGGAAGCAGCCACAGAUGCAGAGAAGCAGUACAUGUCAAACAUAGAACAGUUGGAAAGGAUUCGUCUGGAAUGGAACACCACACAUGAGUGCACAUGUGAGGUCUUCCAGCAGCAGGAAGAUGAUAGAAUUAACAUUCUGAGAAAUGCUAUUUGGGUCCAUUGUAACCACUUCUCAAUGCAAUGCGUCAAAGAUGAUGAGUGCUAUGAGGAGGUGAGGACAGUUCUAGAAAUGUGUGACAUCACGGCAGACAUCAACAGUUUCAUCACUAUGAAAAGCACAGGCACAGCUCCCGCAGCACCCAUUAUCUUUGAGAACUACUAUGACAAAGAACCCACAGUGGACAGCAAUGGUAUCACUCGCUUUAGAGGAGGUGUGAUGAAGAGGUUUUCAAAUCUCUUACAAAGCAGUUGUGCAGUUGGCUCAAAAAAUAAUAUUCAUGAAUAUACUCCAGCACUCCCUUCUGCUGACAACUCAGAUGGGGUGUAUGCAUCUAUUCCCGGAUUUCAACAAGAAACUUCAAACAAUGCUGCGCCUCAGAGCAAGAAAUAUCAGGCUGAGUAUGACUAUGUAGCUCAGGGCACUGAUGAGCUCUCCAUCUCUGUGGGGGAGGUGGUGCUUGUGGUGGAGCAGGGAGAAGAUGGCUGGUGGAUGGUGCAGAGGGACGGUCAGACUGGGCUUGUUCCAGGCUCCUACUUGGCCAAGAUUUGAAUCAAGAGUGGGAGAGGACAAGAGCAUACUGGAAAGACUCUCCCUGUCUUUAAACACCCUUUAAUAAUUUAAUAACAGUUAUUAAGAGGACUUCUGAAAAUCUGUUUAAAUUAUGGAAACUGAUCGUAGAUCAGCUCUUCUGCAUGUUCAUUUGUAAUCAACAACUGGUUAUUAUGGUGGGCUAUCAUUUUUUUUGUUUUAUUUUAUAUACCAUUUUCUCCCCAAUUUGGCAUGGCAAUUCCCAAUGUGCUCUUAUUCCUCAUGGUGGCGCAGCAACCUGCCUCAAUUCGGGUGGUGGAAUAUGAAUCAGUUGCCUCAGCUUCUGAGACAGUCAGCCCAUGCAUCUUAUCUCGUGGCUUGCGGGCAUGUUAACGUAGCAUCCACGCACAAAUCGCCACACACCCCAUCGAGAGCGAGAGCCACCUUAUAGAGACUACCAAGAAGGUAACUCGCAUGACUGUAAUCACCCAAGCAAAUGGGCCAAUUAGUUGCUUUGGGAGCCUGGCUGGAAUCACUCAGUCACCCCGGAUUCUAACUCGCUUCUCCAGGGGUGGUAGUCAGCGUCUUUGCUUGCUGAGCUACCCAGGCCCCAUGGUGGGCUAUCAUUGUUGAGAUUCAUAUUUAUUGUUUUGAUGGAAAGAUUAUUUAUUGUGAAUAAAAAGCAUAAGAAUGUAUAACAAACAAUGACCUAGGCACUUCGGACUAGAAAUUAUUUUAGUUCACAGAGAACAAGGUGGCAAUUCACAAAGCCAUGAUCUGUCAUGAUCUUCUAUUGCAAUCAUAUUUCAACAUAAUUAUUUAGCAAUCAGUGAUUAUAAGAGGCUUAAGUUUUGUGAUAAUUUAAAGGUAACACUUCACAAGGUUCCAUUUGUUAACAUUAGUUUAAGGAAUAUUCCAGGUUCAAUACAAGUUGAGAUAAAUUGACAGCAUUUGUGGAAAAACUUUUAUGACAACAAACAAGGUAAUUUGGAUAAAUGCCCGUUUACAGUAAGGCACUUGUAAUAGACGUGAAUGGGGCCAAUGUUUGGAGGGUUUAAAAAAGGCAGAAAUGAGAAGUUUAUAAUUUUAUAAAAGCACACAUUAAUUCUUCUUUUAAAACUCAUAUAUUUGAGCUGUAAAGUUGUUUAAAUUGUAAUUUAUACAAUAUUUUUAGGGUUUUAAUGUUUGUUGACAUUACAUCGUUAUAGCAACGAAGUUGUAAAUUUAGCUAUAGCUUUACACAGAAAAGGUCAGGAAGUGAUUUUAAUCACACUAAAAUCAUGUUAACUGGCUAUACUUUUGAAAUAAUAUUUUAAAGUUUACGGAUUGGUCCCAUUCACUUCCAUUGUAAGUGCCUCACUGUAAACCAGAUUUGUUAUUCUUAAAAAAAAAAAAAAAAAAGAGGGGCAAGUCAAAAUAAAUGUUUGUGGUAAUUGAUAUUAUGCCACAAAUGGUGUCGAUUGAGCUUAACUUGUUUUGAACUCAGAAUAUUCCUUUAACAACAUUAGUUAACAUGAACUAACAAUGAACAAUAAUUUUACAGCAUUUACUAAUAUUAGAGUUUAUCUGUUCAUUUAAACAAAGUAAUACAUUUUUAGAAUCAAAACUUAUAUAUGUUAACAUUAGUUAAUGCACUAUUUGUCUAUUUUCUUAAUGAACACUAACAAAGAUUAAUAGAUGCUUUAAAAAAUAUAUUUAAUUUUAAGUUCAUGAUACCUAAUGCAUUAACUAAUGUUAACAAAUGGAACCGAACUGUAGUGAACUCAAUUUAAAUAUUAAGUUAAAUAAGUUAUAAUACAUCUUUAAUGGGAAUAAUCUACCUAGUGUAUGUCAUUUGGUUGCUUCAUUGAGUGCAUCACAAAUAAAAACUAA